CAUUUAAAAGAGCCUAAGCGUUCUUAUUUGAUGAAGGAUUGCGAUAAGGCGUGCUAUCUCCGAUUAUGCCGACCUUCGUCCCGGAUCUUUCGUCAUACGCAGUAAACGAAAUCCCCGACGACGCCGCCUCCGACAACCACCGGGGAAACCUCGUCCGCCCCUUUCACCUCUUGCCAUGUCUGCCAUACAGACAGCAGCCAGGCCCGAAUCGGCACAGAAGGUGCUGUCGCUAUAUCGACAGCUUCUCCGCCAGGGCAACCAGUUUGCCUCCUACAACUUCAGGGAAUACGCCAAGCGCCGCACGAGGGAUGCCUUCCGGGAAAAUAAGAACGUCGAGGAUCCGCGGCGGAUACAGGAGCUGAUGCAGAAGGGGUUGAGGGAUUUGCAGAUGAUGAAGCGCCAGACGGUGAUCAGCCAGUUCUACCAGCUGGAUCGGCUCGUGGUGGAAGGCGGGAUAUCGGGCAAGGAUGAGGCCGGCCACGGCGAGACGGUUAGGCAAAAAGACACAGGCUGGGAUUGAGCUUGCACCAGGACCAAGACGAGCGCCUCCUUCUUUUCACUGCGGCUUCCGUGAUCCUUCUGCCCGUGGGAUAUUUGUGUCGCCAAUGUGUGUUUGAUUAGACUCCGGAAAUACAGCUGGUUCUGGAACUCGGCGCUAGCGGAGUUAGAAGGUGCUUCGGCGCUGCGACGAGCAGGCACGUCACGGGCUCCUUUCACGGCUGUGGCAUCGUUUUCGCAAGAUUUCCCUGCCAUGCUCGAUAUCGACCUGAUCCUGAGGUCAUUAAAUAGGACCAACUCAUCUCUAUUUUGCUGACCGCUGUACCCUUCUUAGAAUCUGUGAUAGGUGAUCUCGUGGUGGUUUCUGUUCCUGGGAAUCGAGUUAGGCGAUAUCGUUGUAAGCGGACUCAUCAAUCCACAUGCCGCCUGCUUGGCGCGCGCUCUGCCU